CUCGGCUCAGCGGGGUCAGCUGCUCCGCUCAGCCGGCUACCUGCGCCCCUCUCCGGCUGCUGACGCCCAGGCGGCUGCUCGGUGGUGCUGCGGCGGCCUCCCCGCACAGACCGCAGGAUGGACAGCGACGAUGAAAACAUGGAGGAGGCGGUGGAAGGCCCGCUGGAUGACGACGGCCAGCCUCACGGUUUCUGCACCGUCACGUACUCGUCCAGCGAUCGCUUCGAAGGACACUUUGUACACGGAGAGAAGAACGGAAAGGGCAAGUUCUUCUUCUUUGAUGGAAGCACUCUGGAGGGCUUCUACGUGGACGACGCCCUCCAGGGACAGGGCGUGUACACGUACGAGGACGGCGCCGUCCUCACCGGGACGUACGUGGAGGGCGAGCUGAACGGCCCGGCGCAGGAGUUCGACAGCGAGGGCCGUUUGACGUUCAAGGGCCAGUACCGGGACAACAGCCGCUGUGGGGAGUGCUGGAUCUACUACCCGGACGGGGGCUGCCUGUUCGGGAAGGUGAACGAGGACGGGGAGAUGAGCGGGGAUUCUGUGGCGUACGUCUACCCGGACGGACGCACGGCGCUCUACGGGACGUUCGUGGAUGGCGAGCUGAUCGAGGCUCGACUGGCAGAUCUGAUCUCCAACCAGAGCGGGAGGCCGCACUUCCAAACCGCCGCCAACAGUCCCGUGUACUCGUACGAUAAGUCCACGUCGAGCUGCAUCGCCACCCACGCGCUGCUCCCGGACCCGUACGAGAGCCAGAGGGUGUUGGUGGCGGACUCCGUCAUCAGAGGAGCGGGACAGGGCCUGUUCGCCAAAACGCAGGCCGACGCCGGCACCGUCAUGGCGUUCUACAACGGAGUGCGCAUCACACACUCAGAGGUGGACGCCAGAGACUGGGCUCUGAACGGGAACACCAUCUCUCUGGACGAGGACACGGUGAUCGACGUCCCCCCGCCGUUCGACCAGACGGACAGAUACUGCGCCUCUCUGGGCCACAAGGCCAACCACUCCUUCACCCCCAACUGCAAAUACGACCCCUUCCUCCACCCUCGGUUUGGACCCAUCAAGUGCAUCCGGACCCUCCACGCCGUGCAGAAAGGCGAGGAGCUCACGGUCGCCUAUGGUUACGACGCAUCGGGAACCGACGGCCCGGAGGCUCCGGACUGGUACAAGCGAGAGCUGGAAGCGUUCCAGCACAAAGGAUGAGAACGCAGACUAACCCCGACGCUGCUGGAAACUCCAGGAAACUCAAGAACUAUGCAAAGCCGACUAUGAGACGUGCUGCUCCGUCUGACUCUUCAUCACGUUCACUGAAAUCAGGAUUCUCAUCGUCACUACUGGUGCUUUUGGAAGGUCAACGUGGAGGAAAACUCAUUUCUCACCGUUUGAUACAGAUCCUCUAACAGGGCUCUCACUGGACUGAUCCUGAACCUCCUGGAACCCACAUAUCACAUGAUCAGCUAGUCCUCCAGGAGGAGUGUAACGCCAGAUCACUGACUGAUAGAAAAUAGAUUAGUUACAAACUACUUCCUAUUAUAAACCACUUCCUGUUACAAACCAUUUCCUGUUAUAACUCACUUCCUGUUACAAACCAUUUCCUAUUAUAAUCCACUUCCUCUUACAAACUACUUCCUGUUACAAACCAUUUCCUGUUAUAUCCCUGUUCCUGUUACAAGCUACAUUCUGUCAUACUCUUCCUGUUACAAUCCACUGUCUGUUACAGACUAUACUCUUUCGGUUUUAUACAGAACUCUGACAGAAUCAGGACGAUCUACCUUUGAAGAAAGAGCCUCAGAGCCUUUUCCACGUUUCUGAAUCAAUCAUCGGCGACCAUGCUCUCUCAGAAAUAAACUUUAGAUCAAGA